GAGUGAGGGGGCGGAACCCCGCUGAGCCUCUGCGCUGAAAGACAGCCAAUCGCUUCGUUCUCUUAACUGCCAGUCACCGAAAUCUGUCCAAUACCCGCAGUGCCAUUUCUAAACUCUAUUCCCCACUGUGUCCUCCAACUGUUGUAUGUUCUGCCAAUCGCUUGAGGACAGAGUGGGAAAAGGAGCAAGCAGAGUUAGAGGCAGGACAAAAGAAGUUCUAUAGACGGCCAUAUACAUAUAUUUUAAUAGUUUCAGAAGGCCCGUAGUUUGCGAAAACAGUAGCGGUGAGCGUGGACAUGACAGCGUAGUGAUGGAGCCCCCUUUAAGCAAGAGGAAUUCGGCGAUAAGAUUAGCGGAUUUGGCAUCGACUCAAGCCCUUCCUCAUCAGAAUAUGACAGGCUUCCCGGUAGGGGGGCAUCACCCGCACUCCCACCAUGCCCACCUCCACCCUGGGGAGAUGGGCAACGACCCCGGAGUGGCUCUCACUCCAUUUGGACCCGAGCACAUGGCACAGACCAAUGCUCUCAAACUUAGUCCCUCUCAGCCUGUUCAAAGCCAUCCCGAAGCCCAGACCGCGGCAUCUUUCACGUCUUCUCAGACCACAGUUGGUUUCCCCGUGGCUCACCCCCACACAGGCUACACCACCAGCAGGGACUUCAUCCUCAGGAGAGAGCUCUCAGCCUCUGCUAUGCAUGCACUUGGCGACCAGCAUAGUUCCGCCUCCUCCCCUCAUCACCAUGGCAUGUUCAUUUCCCCAACAGGUGCUUAUGGGCACGCGGAAGGUGGUGCCCAUCCACUUUUCUCUGGACUGCACGAGCAAGCGGCCCCAGGUGCCCACCACCACCACCAUGCCCUCAACGGGCAGAUGCGUCUGGGUCUACCGGGGGACAUCUACGGCAGGCCAGAGCACUUCGGCCACAGGCCCGAGCACUAUGGAUCUUCUUCUCUGCACAGCUACAACUCCAUGAACUUAAAUGUGAACCUCGCCACGGCUCCACACGGAGCCACGGGGGCGUUUUUGCGAUACAUGCGGCAGCCCAUCAAGCAAGAGCUCAUCUGCAAGUGGGUUGACCAGGAGCAGACGUCCAAGAAGCCCUGCUCCAAAACUUUCAGCACCAUGCACGAGCUCGUCAACCAUGUCACGGUGGAGCACGUCGGGGGACCGGAGCAGAGCAGUCACGUUUGCUUCUGGGAAGAGUGUCCGCGCGAGGGAAAGGCGUUUAAAGCCAAGUACAAACUAAUCAAUCACAUCCGCGUGCACACGGGCGAGAAGCCGUUCCCGUGCCCCUUUCCCGGUUGUGGCAAAGUAUUCGCGCGCUCGGAAAAUCUCAAGAUUCACAAGAGGACGCACACAGGUGAGAAGCCGUUCAAAUGUGAGUUUGAUGGCUGUGACAGGAAAUUCGCCAACAGCAGUGACAGGAAGAAGCACUCUCACGUCCACACGAGCGAUAAGCCUUACUUCUGUAAAGUGAGGGGUUGUGACAAGUCGUACACACACCCGAGCUCCCUGCGUAAACACAUGAAGGUUCACUGCAAGUCUCCUCCGCCCCCUUCCGCCAACACGGGCUCCUCUUACCAUCCCUCGUCCACGACCAUCGGUGAUGCCCUCUCACCAAACCUGGAGCCCCACAGGAACCGUUCAUCGAACCUUUCGCCUCAGGUGACCAACCUAAACGAAUGGUACGUGUGCCAAGGGAGUGCUGGACCAAACAAUCUACACACCCCCUCCAGCGAUGUGCCAACGUCGGAAUCUGACGACGAGGACUCUUUUAGACACACAGAUCCGAGGGCAAUGCUCUGAUGUGAACAGAAAGGAAUACAUUCAUUUUAAAUGGUCCACAUGAAAAAAAAAAGAAAAAAAAAAAAGAAAGAAAAAAAAACAUCAAAUUCAAGGGUUGCAAUUCGAAGAAGUGGAACACCUAUGGAUGUCAGUGGGUGAAGAGUUUUUGCCCCCCGUUUUGCCCAUAAAACAUGCUCAGAGCACUGAUGCAAUUUAUGUUUCAUAUGAUAAGCAGUUGUAACUUGCCACAUGAAAAAUCGACUUGUACAUUUUUUAAGAUUUUACCUGACUUGUCGAGAUCAAAUAACAUGAGGUCAAAAGAUUUAUCAAUUAUGUUUAGGCUGUUUUUUAAUAUUACAUCCCUUUUGUUGCACAGAAAUCUUUUUUAUAGAGAAUCGUUUUACACGUUAAAUGUCUGAGGGGCAAAAAUUGCAGUGACAAUUUUAAGUUUUUACUUAUAUAUUGUGAGUGUCAAAAAAAUGAAUGGGUGGAGUCUUUGUUAAAGUUUAUACACUAACUAUGGUCAGGACGGUUUUUGUGAUAUUUAAAAUAUUUAAACCUAUAUUUUAUGCAAAAUCAAUGUAACUCUGAUUAAAGAGUACAAAAUAUGUCCACUGAGACCCUAAAUAAUGUAUCGUUGACAGGCCUAUCCCUGACUGAUUUGUAAAUAGUAUGUGGUAUUGAUGCUUGUGAAUGUUUUCGUAGCGUCUCAACAAGUUUUGUACAUUGUAAUUUAUUUGCUGGUAUUAUUGUUGGUCUGGAAGUACAGAUACACCAAAGAAUAAUAUAAUUUUGGUGAAAAGAAGUGAUGCUUUUUAUCGUGUUCUGUAAAAAGGUCUUACUUGAAUAGGCUGUAUAUUGUGAAGAAUCUUUCGCAUGAACCGUGUAGUAACUCUUUCUGUUGAUGUGCAUGAUGGUGUUGAUGGAAAAAAAACGUAAGAAGGUCGUGAAGAAAUGUGAUGUUUGUGUAUAGAUAUAUGGAAAACUUGAAUAAAAGGCAGGACGUGUAAAUAUGGUCUUUUCAGUAAAAAAGGCCUUGAUUCGUUUUUUGAUUAGUGUGCAUAUUUCUUAUAAAAGUCUGCAGAUUUCCAAGUUAUGAUUUAUACUAAUCAUCAAAUGAAUAUCACUGUUGCUGUAAGAAGUAAUGCUUAAUUUUCUGUAAAAGUGGGACAGUAAAGCUAACCAAACGAAACAGCAAAGUUCUACAAAACACUUUUUUCUUUAACAGUUUUUCUUGCUUUUCUCCUGAAUGAAAAUAUUCCUCGGCAAUUCAUUGUCAUUUCAAAAUGGAACCAUCACCUAAUAGUGCACGUUAUGAAAAGUAGAAUAGCACAAAACCUUCAAUGCAUGAAUCAUUCAUGGGAAAAUAAAACAUAAAAGCUGCCCGCCAAUAAGAAGAAAGUUGUAUGGAGAAUAUGAAACAAAGUCCCCCGUCUUAUUUCCUUCAUUAAAACGCACAAUAACAGUUUCAAAGUGCCCCCGUCCCAGACUAAAGACUCAGAAUUGACCAGCGCAAGUCCUGCACCACUUCAAAGAGCUCCACAACAGAACGGAAGACUGCACGGCGCGUUAGAAUUUCUAUGGGUCCCAUUUGAAUAUUUAUGGUAGAAAACUACUAACUGCCGCUAAAUGGUCAAUCAUCAAAGCAGAAACCUCUCCCACGAACCGUCUUGUGCCUUAAAAUCGGCAUGUUCGAAAUUUUAUAUCAGCGCAGAUACAGGCAUCCUGGACAUUUCAUAUGGCGGGUGGAAAAUUUCUGUGAAGAAAGUUCUAAAACGUCUCCUAAGAAAGUGUUGUUGUUUUUUUUUCAUGCUAAUGAAUAUCACUCUAAACCCUAUGGAAUAAAGCACACAAGUUGGUGACUCGUU